AUGAGCGCCAUCGUCACCCGCAACAUCGGCGUCGCGGCCCGCCAGUGGGCUAACCGCGUCUCUGUCCGAACCGUGGUUAUCCCCGGGUCGCACCAGGAGCCCCUGAAGGAGGCUGCCAAGAGGAUAGGCUACUGGGGCGAGGAGCAGGAUAUCGACUCAAGGUGGGAGCCGGACCAGGGCCCCAUGUUCACCCCGCGAGCCUUCGAACACGGCCUUCGAUACAUUUAA